AUGCCGCAGGAGAUUUGGCAAAAGCACCUCUCUGCGAAGCAGCCAGUGUGCUUCAAAGCGAUUCCUGGGCUACGCCACAUGGCUCAAGUUUGCCAAGAGGGUAGGCAGAUGCUGCGGUUUAGUAGCUUUGGCUCCGAUGCCACCUUCACCUGCGACGGGGCGCUUUUGCUCAGUGGCGUCAUCCUGGACGACCCCUUUGCCGGCUUCAUCGGCACCAGCAGCGCCUCUUCUGGUACGCCGCCCGCCAAGAGGCUGCGCACAGAGGAUGUGAUGAAGGAGAAACCAAUGGAAUUGAAGGUCAAGGAGGCCUGGAAGCUGUGUGCACGAUUGGUCCGAAUCAAGAAACAGAUUGCCGGUUGGAAGCAAGAAAAAUCGACGGUGAAGAAAGAUGGCAAGCCUGAGAAGGCCGUAACUCAGAGGACUUUGCCCUCCGGAUUGAGAUAUGAGGUGAAGGUCCGCUAUGAAGGUCGUUUGGGCUCCAAUGGGAAGCGCUUCGACAAGGGAGUCAUCGACUUCCGCUUGGGCAUGGGCGAGGUCAUCCAAGGCUGGGAUGAAGGAGUGAAAGGCAUGCUGCGGGGCGAGAAGCGCAGAUUGCUGGUCCCCGCCAAGCUGGGCUAUGGUCGCAGCGGCGCUCCCCCGGCCAUUCCUCCCAAUGCCAAUUUGGUCUUUGAGGUGGAGCUCCUCAGCUGA